AUGCUACCCCGACCCCAGGGACAGGUCCUGACAAUGACCAUCCUGAUGGAAGGCAUCCGCCUGGAGAGCCCUGCCAUCGAGGCCCCUGGAGACGUGUGCGUGGAGUUCUGGUACCACAUGCUCGGCCCUGAAGAUCACAAUGAACUCAGAGUCCUGGUCAAGGAACAUUCGGGGGAGAGGGAGGUGAUUUUUGAGGCAGUCCGGGGGCUGACUGAAUACGGAGACACAGCAAUAGACAAUGUUGGAGUCAGAAAGGGACCUUGUGAUCCUCACUACCAGACCUUUGACAAGCUAAUGCAUCAUUUCAUGGGGAACUGUACCUACACAUUGUCCAAGCGGUGCAGUGCUAACAGCACCAUGCCGUUCUUCAACAUUGAAGCUGCCAACGAAUACAGAAGAGGCAAUACACGUGUAUCGUACGUGAGCUAUGUGAAUGUGGAGGUGGACAGCUACAGAAUCACACUGCAGAAGAACAGAGUAGUUAAGGUCAAUGGACAAAUGGAGAACGUGCCGGUGACAGUGACACCAGGUUUACAUGUUGGACUAAGUGGCCGCUAUGUCAUGGUUUCCACUGGUUUUGGACUGCGAGUUAAAUUUGAUGGAGACCACAGAGUGGAGGUCACCCUGCCCAGUUCUUUCCAAGAGAAGGUUUGUGGAAUGUGCGGAAAUUAUAAUGGAGAUCAAGCAGAUGAUUUCCUGAAUCCAGAUGGAGAAAUGGAACCAGACUCUUCCAGCCUGGGCAACAGUUGGCAGGUUCACAAUCAGUCCAAUUGCUCAAGCGGUCCCGUAGUCUUACCAGAGUGCAGCGUAGAAGAGAAAGAAAUGAUUGAAAGCAAGAAUUACUGUGGUUUGAUCAUCGAUAAUCACGGGCCGUUCAAGAAAUGCCACUCUAAAGUAGCUCCAAGAGAUUACUUUGUGAAUUGUGUCUAUGACCUUUGUGAGCUCAACAUGGAUGUUGACGCCCUGUGUAAGAGCCUACAGUCCUAUGCAGAUAUGUGUCAAGCACACGGGGUCGAUAUACCACCUUGGCGGAACUCGACAUUUUGUUCCAUACCGUGCGGACCAAACAGCCACUAUGAGCCAUGCAGCACUGCAUGCCCUGCCUCCUGUGUUAAUCCAAACGCUCCCUCCACUUGUAAUCUGCCUUGCGUUGAAGGCUGUGUCUGUGACAGUGGGUAUCUUCUGUACAACGACAGAUGUGUGUCCAGUAUGCAAUGUGGAUGCUGGCAUGAUGGAAAGCAUUACCCUGCUGGAUCUGAGUUCUGGACCGAUGACACUUGUUCAACGAAAUGCACGUGCCCUUCCCGAGGUGGGAAGUUAACAUGUUCUGCGACCUCAUGUCCUAAGGACUAUUACUGCGGGAUUUCCAAUGGAGUGCCUGGCUGCUACCCGCAUACCUAUGGCAUCUGCAGGGUUCAUAAUGACCCUCACUACAACACAUUCGAUAAAGCUACCCAUCACUUCAUGGGCACCUGCACCUAUACAUUAGCCAAGCUCUGCACUAAUUCAUCCUCGCUCCCAUACUUCAACGUCGAAGCCAAGAAUGAAAAUCGGGGCCAUCCUUCCAUUUCCUAUGUGCAGCAAGUUCACGUAGAUGUUUACAAUCACAGAAUAUCCAUAGUGAGAGGGAACACUAGUAGAGUCUUGGUUGAUGGUGUUUGGAGGACUCUUCCUGUCACGCUACUUGGAGGGGCGAUAACUGCGGGCAGGAGUGGGAGAUAUGUAGUUUUGGGGACCGAUUUCAAGCUCACAGUUUCUUAUGAUACUGAUCACACUGUGGAAGUGAAAGUGCCCAGCUCUUAUUUCAAUGGGACUUGUGGCAUGUGUGGCAAUUACAACAAUCUAAGAGCAGACGAGUACAUGAAACCUGAUGGGUCACAAGCAAAAGAUAGUAAUGAGCUUGGAAACAGUUGGCAAGUUGAAGAUGGUGAUUCCAGCUGUAUGCCCAAUCCACCCCCAGACUUCUGUCUGCCAGAAGCAGAGGAGCUCUAUGAAAGUGACCGUUUCUGUGGUCUGAUCACUAAAAAGGAUGGCCCUUUUGCCAACUGUCUCUCUGUUGUUAAUCCGGAGAGCUUCUUUGAGAGCUGUGUUUUUGAUAUGUGUGCAUUAUCUGGAGCCCAGCAUUUGCUGUGUGAUGCUUUACAAGCAUAUGCAGAUGCCUGCCAGAGUGCUGGGGUGAACAUUCCACCAUGGAGAAAUACUACCUUCUGUCAAAUCCCAUGCCCAGCGAACAGUCAUUACAACGUCUGCUCAAGCGCCUGUCCUGCAACCUGCACAGAUCAGGGUGCGCCAGAGAACUGCAGCAGACCCUGCGUGGAGGGAUGCGAGUGCAACAGAGGGUUUGUACUCAGUGGAGGGAGAUGUGUUUCUCUUGACGCCUGUGGCUGCUGGCAUAAUGGCCAGUACUACGAGGUGGACGAUGUCCUGAAGACCACUCUUCCUUGGAGUCCCCGACCAGGGAUAAGUGUAUCUCAGAGUGGCUCUUAUGUGGUGAUUGACACCCACUUUGGCCUGCAGCUGAAGUUCAAUGGAGACCAUGAGCUUCUAGUCCACGUGACGGAGAGGUACCAAGGGAAGCUGUGUGGACUGUGUGGCACUUACACCAACAGCCAGAAAGAUGACUUUAUGAGGCCAGAUAAAGUUGUGGUUCAGGAUUUCAAUGAGUUUGGGCACAGCUGGAGGGUGUCUGAUGACAAGUGGCCAUGUGCUUCUGAUCCGCCCCCACCUCCACCACUGUGCCCCCCAAUCUUGGAACAAGAGGCUGAGCAGCACUGUGGGGUCCUCCUGGCUAAAGACGGACCAUUUCAAACUUGCCAUUCGUACAUCCCACCGGUACAGUACUUUGAGAGCUGCGUCUAUGACCAGUGUGCUACAACUGGAAGCACUGAACAGCUCUGCAAUGCACUGGAAUCAUAUGCUGCAGCCUGUGAAAAUGCAGGAGUGAACCUUGGGGACUGGGAGAAAGACACUGUUUGCGAACGUCCCAUCAUCACAACACCAACUGCUGCAUCAACUCCAACAGCCCUACCAGGAGGUACUGCACUAGUUGAAGUGUAA